AUGGUUUCUUCGUAUGAGGCACCCUCCAGGUAUCCCAAGGGCCAAGUUUCUUCGUGCCGUUCGGUAAACAUGUCCUCCCAAAAGGCAGAGCUUAGCUUGUCUGUAUGCCCCUUCCGAUUGUAUCAUCGUCGCUUAAGCUUCUGUAUGUGGCGUGCACAUUGGAAAAUAGAAUUGACUGCACGAGGCGACCCUUAG